CUUUAAUUGGCUACCCUGAUGUCUUGCCCACAUUGAACGUUAUAUAUAUAUAACUAUAUCUAAUAUCACCACAGUCUUCCUCCGGCCUGCUUAUUGAAGAAGAAAUGAUCUGAGACAUCGCUCCCGGUCCUCCAUCUGUCUGCAUGGCGGUGAUUGUCCGAUGUUCUGCAGCGACGUCUCGUAUUAUCUCCAGGAGAGCCGUGGAGAGGUUGUUUGCAGCUGAUCGUCGUUGGUUCCAGUCUGUGAGGGGAAGAGGGACCACGAUGAGUAAAAAGUUUCUGGUGGACGUGGACUGCGGGGUGGAUGAUGCUCAGGCCAUCAUGAUGGCGCUGGCUGCCCCCAACGUGAAGCUCCUGGGAAUCACCGCUGUGCACGGAAACACGACAGUGGAGAAUGUGUGCAAGAACAUACUGCGAGUUCUGCAGUUCUGUAAUAAACUGGAGAUUCCAGUGUUUAAAGGAGCUGCUAAGCCCAUUCUUGGUAACAGCAUUGAUGCGGGAUGCUUUCAUGGGCAGGACGGGCUGGGAGACGUUCCUGACCCCAACGCUCCUAGUCUGGACCUGAUUCAGGAGGAGGGCGCUGUGUCGGCUAUUAUCAGGAUUGUCAACGAGAACCCAGGAGAGAUAUAUCUGGUUGCCACGGCACCCCUCACCAACCUAGCUCUGGCUGUGAGGAUGGAUCCGUCUCUGCCGAGCAAACUCAAAGGGCUCUACAUCAUGGGAGGCAACACCGAAUCUCGAGGAAACACCACAGUGUGCAGCGAGUUCAAUUUCGCUGCUGAUCCAGAAGCUGCGUACAUUGUACUGAAUGACUACCAGUGUCCCACCUACUUGGCCUGCUGGGAGUUUACCUGCUACAACAAGCUGUCCUGGGAGUUUUGUGAUGCCUGGUUGGCGCAGGACACCGAUAAAGCCCGCUUCAUGGCACAGAUCUUCCGCUACAGCAUCAAGGUGUCAAAAUCCGAGCGCUGCGAGAAAGAGUUUGUCGACGGCUCAGGUUUCGUUUCCUGUGACUCGUAUGCCAUGGCAGCCGCCAUAGACGAUUCAUUCAUCACAGAAAGCGAUCAUCAUCCAGUUAGCGUAGAGCUGGCGGGCAUGCACACCAGAGGCAUGAUGAUUGUAGAUACCGUUGGCUUCCUGAAGAAGACUCACAAGGCUUUUAUUAUGAAGAAGGUAGACAUGGAUAAGUUUAAGCAGAUGAUGAUGGCUGCUUUAAAAUAAAAUGGAGGCAUUAGUAUUACUGUUUUUCAUAUUAAACUUGAAAUAAUGUUUAAGGCAGGCUUUUGAUAAUUUUUAAUUAAAGUGUUUUUUUUUUAUAA